AUGUUCCACACCUUCGAGGGCUUCGAGAAUCCAGCCGCCUCGGCCCCCGCCCGUGCAGGACGAGAACGCCAGUCUUCAAUCGGGCGUCGCGUUACCACUCUUCGUGCUUGUACCUCUUGUCGUCAUCGCAAAAUCAAAUGCGAUGGUGAAAAGCCGUGUGAAGCAUGUAGGUGGUAUAAGAAAGCCGAUCUUUGCCAUUAUUCGGAUCCCCGUCCCUCGCGAAGACAUGUCGAGAAACUGUCAACGACCUUGGAUGAGUACCGAACCGUACUGGAGAAGCUGUUUCCUGGCGCAUCGCCGGAAGCCUUGGCUAAUUUGCCGCGCGAGAAACUGCUCGAAACACUAGCUCAGCCCCAGGCGCAGCCUCCAAGUACUGGAGCCCGCCAGAUAUCGCCAGCAACGUCCACCUCCCACGAGGCGCACGUCUCCCCGAUAUCGACCGAGGAUGGAAAUCUGGAGUCGCUACAGGCCAUGCCAGAAGAAUCGAAUGACCCCCGCAAUCUCAGCAGCGAGAUCACGAAUACAAUAUCCGAUGAUGUCAAUGCGUUGUCGCUUUCCACAAGAGGCCCGUCCUCGUACCUCGGUGUCUCGUCCAUAAACGCGGUUCUCAAAACAAUCGUGUGGCUGGAUCCAGGGUCCGCUGCAUAUUUUGCCAGUACGCCCCCAAGCGCUCCUCGUCGAGGCUCGGUAGCAGACCUCUCUUCGUCGGAGGGGCAGUCUUGGGCUGCCCAUGACCAGCCCGGUACUCCUCCGCAAGUUCAUCUACAAGUGCCAGAAUCUCAACUCCUGGAUGCUUACUUUACCUAUGUCCAGCCCUUGACACCAAUUCUGGACGAGCAGUCCUUUCGCGAAACAUACGCUGCUGGACACCGAAAAGAUGACCGGUGGUAUUGCUUGCUGAAUAUCGUCCUCGCGAUGGGCAGUAUCUGCGCCUCAACCUGCGACGAUAUUUCACAUAAGAUAUAUUACUCCCGGUGUAGGGCGUACUUGGACCUGGAGUCGCUCGCGUCACUGCACCUGGAAACCGUGCAGACGCUUGGUAUUCUAGGGGGCUGGUACCUGCAUUACGUUGCCCAACCGAAUCUAGCGUACUCACUUAUGGGCGCCGCUCUUCGCAUGGCUGCCACUAUGGGUUUGCAUAGAGAAUUCGCCGACCAAUCCGAUACAUCGAACAAGCAGAAAAUGGCACAACUUGAUCUCAGACGACGGGUAUGGUGGACACUGUUUCUUAUGGAUUGCUGGGGAGGCGUGACUUUGGGACGGCCAACAAUGGGCCGAUUCAGUCCCGCGAUUACGGUCAAGCUUCCUCACUAUAGGGAAUCGGGGAAUGUACUUGAUAUUCUUCCGCUUCUCGAGAACGUUCGAUUUUGCAAGAUCAGCAAUCAGAUACAAGACGCGCUAGCAGUGUCUCCAUUGACCAAAUACAGUGAAAUACUCCACUUCGAUACUCAAUUGGUUGAGUGGUACAACAGCCUCCCAUAUAUCCUUAAAGACCAUGAACCAUGCCCGGAAGGAAUCGCAAACACCCGCGAAGUCACGAAAUGGCGAUAUCAUGUCCAACGCAUACUCCUCUACCGUCCCACACUAUUGAGCUAUGCCAUGCGGCGGGUUCCGUAUAUUGCUCUACGAUCCGAGGAGCGGACGGCGAUCGAAAGGUGCAGAGAAAUUGCCGAAACCGCCAUCAGAGACAUCUCGGCAACUGCAAAGACCCCUCAGAUGUCUGGGUGGAACGCCGUGUGGUUCCUCUUCCAAAGCACCAUGGUUCCCCUUCUAGGGCUGUUCAUCAACGACAAUACAGUGACAGAUCCCCGGGCUACUACAGAGGCGUGCCAAGCGCAGGUCCAAGACGCUUUACUUGUGUUUGCGCGUCUUCAGCAAGCAAGUCCGACGGCAAGGAAAACCCUCGACGCAGUUUCACGGAUAUUUGAGGCCAGCAAACGUGGUCCCGGCAUAGCUGCCGAAACCAACAGCAUCAACAGCGCUAAUCUCUCCCCAACUUCGCGCGAGGCUGGUGUUCUUAACACACCCGGAAUCUUACCCUCUCACAACGAUGGACGAGGAUUUGCAGUUACUCACGACAGCUCGUUCACCGAUCCAUUCGCCCCUUCAACCAUGGAUGACCCUAACGGUCAAUAUCUCUGGGACUUCCUUAGCUGGAGCGAUACCAACAUAGUCCCAAUGGCAGACGUGGAAAAUAUCAACGACGGCGGCCUGCUAGGCUCCGAUGACAAGCAUUUCAAGUAUACGAAUACCAGCUUCUUUGGCAACCAGCUAACUGAACCGCCUUUUUUCACUAAUUCAUCUAUUCCAUAUUAUUCGUGA